GACGGGCUGGGCAGGCAGGCAGGAGCCCGUGGCAGAGCUCCCCAAGCCGCCGGCCCGCUGUGUCCCCCAUGGUCAUGCUGCUCCUCCUGCACCUGCUGCCUGCCAUGCUGCCCACCGCUGCCCUGGCCAGCUGCACCGGCGCUGGUGCCGACCGGCAGCUCAUCCUGGCCAAGGUGCGGACACGGGUGCUGGAGCAUCUGAGCCCCCCGCUUCUCCAGGAGGAGCCCCAGAAGGACGCGAGGAGGGUGCACCGGAGAGAUGUCCUUGAAAACACUGAAGUUGAGCCCGAGGAGCUGGAGGACACCUCCCAGGUGAUCCUCUUCCCUUCCACAGACGUGCCCUGCGAGCCCAUGCAGCCAGACAAGCUGCUGGAGGAAGAAGGGAUUUUCACCUACCUCUUCCAGCCCUCGGCGCACACCCUGAGCCGUGUGAUGACCUCCGCCCAGCUCUGGUUUUACACCGGUCCCUCGGCUGCCCCAAACCACUCGGCCCCUGACGUGCUGACCCUGUCGCCGCAGGGCCGCGUGCCGGUGGCAGCCACGGUGGUGCAGACACCCGAGCACUGGACGGUGUUUCACUUCGCCUCGGCAUUGCUGCCCCAGCUCUCGCAGCCACUCUUUGUGCUCCUGGUGCGCUGCCCCGGCUGCCCCUGCCUCGCCGAGGCGGACAAGAUGCCCUUCUUAGUGGCCACCACCCGCGCCAAGGGCAGCGAGAGGGCUCGCCGCUCUGCCAUGCCCUGGUCCCCGGCUGCCCUGAGCCUGCUGCAGCGCCCGUCCGAGGACCUGGCCGCCCACACCAACUGCCGCCGAGCUUCCCUCAACAUCACCUUCGAGGAGCUGGGCUGGGACAAGUGGAUCGUGCAUCCCAGCAGCUUCGUUUUCCACUACUGCCACGGGAGCUGUGCCGAGGGCCAUGGGCUGAGCCAUCGCCUGGGCGUGCAGCUCUGCUGUGCCGCCCUGCCUGGCACCAUGCGCUCCCUGCGCGUCCGCACCACCUCUGACGGUGGGUACUCCUUCAAGUACGAGACAGUGCCCAAUAUCCUGGCCCAGGAUUGCACCUGUGUCUAGGACAUCCCGCAGCCCGGCCCCAGAUCGCGAUCCCACCCAGGAGGAGUCGCUUGCCCAGGGGAACCCCAGCCCUGCACAGCAGGGACCAGAGAGAGGGACCCAGUGGGGAGGUCUGGCCUGUGCCACCCUCCCCUGCGCAAGCUAGAGUUUUGGGCUGCACUGGGUACAGUCCCACCGUCAGACCUGCCCCAGGGCCGUCCCCAGCCCAGAACGAGCCAGGCACGGCGGGGCUGGGACAGGCACAGCCCCCAGCGGAGGCACCAACUCCCUGCCGAAGCCAGCCUGCUGUCUGCAACCAGAUCAGCCCCCGCU